AUGAAAAUACCACCACCAUUGAUGAAUGAUCCAACACUAGAAGACUUUGUUGCUAAGUUGCUAAAACACGACAUAAAUAUUGAUGAAUAUUGUGCAAUAUAUGAAAAAUCUUCCAUUCCAUUGAAUAAUAAUCUUUCCAAAUUUGCAUUAAAUAUCUUUGCAAGUAGUUCUUGUUUAGUUAAUCAAUAUGUGAAGUAUCGAGAUGUAUUGAAGAAUAUAAUACAAAAACAUGUUGCUAAUUCAGUUAUUCGUGAAACCGAUACUGGAAGUUUUAUUAUCUUAAAUCAGGAUGCAUUUACUGUUGAAUUUCAUGAUAUUGAAAAUUGGGAUGUAGGUACAUGUAUACAACAAACAAAUAAUCGAAAUGAACCAACAACAACAUUCUUUCAUGUACCAGCAUCCAAAGUACCAAGUCAAACUACAACACCAGUUGAAAUUAACAAAUUUCCGGAUAUCGUUGAAGAGAGUUCCGUGACACAGCAUCAUUGUUUGAUUGAAGUAUUGAGUAAUCAACAAGAUAUAAACAUAACUCAAAUAUUUCUACCUGAACAUAAUAAUUCUUUCGAAAGUAUCCAUAAUUUAUCAGCAAUGUCGUGUGAACAAAUUGAUGAUGUUGAACAUAAUAGUUCAACUACACUUGUACAACCAACACUUAGAGAAACAACAAAUACUUGUGAAGACAGACGUGAGCUUGCGGUGAAGAAAGCUAUGAAACAUAUAAUGACUUGGAAGUCUGUCAUAUUUACAAAAACUGACUUUACUCAAAUUUGUAACAAAUCAAGCAUCAGACAAGAUGCAAUAGAACGCUUAAUUAAUUUAAAGCUACUCACGCAUGGAAAUAAUUACUGGAUAGAGCCAAAUCGUUCAAUAAAAGUGCCAAAGAAAAAUGCUAAACGUAUACUGAGAGAAGGAUGGAUCAAAAGUGUUCCAUUGUUCAAUACAGAUGCAGCUAAACUUGAAUUCAUCCAAUUAUUACAAAAAGAGGUUAAUGUUACAUACGAAGAUUAUCUAAAAUGCUUUUAUCCUCAACAGCAAGAAAAUGUUUUCACAAAUAAUAAUUGGACUUUAUCAGACGAGUUUAUUGAAAAGAUGGAAUAA